AUGUCGGAACACCGCGGUACUGAGAAUCAAGCAAAAUGUGAGAAAUAUGUCCGGAAGGAAGCCAUAUUUGGGAAGAGAAAGGAUGCACUGAUGAAAGAAAACAGUGACGGCGAUCCGGCACAAAAAAGGUCAGCAAAACCAAAUAUGUUUCAGCUCUUCUUGUUUGCUCCUUUCAUGGACCCAAGCGCUCCUUCGGGACUCAUGACAAAUGAAGAAGUGGAUCAACGAGAUAAACAGGAGGUGUUAAUGGGGGAAGAAAGUAGCAGCGAAGCAAUGCUUUUUGCUAGGUUGUUCCACGGAGAUUCGGGAGUACGGUUCAAUUUUGAUGAAGUUCGCGAGUUUUUGCGUGAUCCACACAUCGCUCUGAUCGCUUCGGAUUUAACGGUUUUUGCUAUUCCAAUAUUUUUUUUUGGUUAA